AUGCAGCACCUCCCCAUCGCCCUCCUGCUCGCCUUCUGCGCCCUGUUCGCCGUGGUGCCCAUCAUGGCCCAGACCGCCGCCUGCGACAUCCGCCUUGACGCCUUCCCCGGCAGCACCAGCUGCGGCGGCACCAGAUACUGCGCCUUCGCCAAGGCCAACGAGACCUCCUGUGGCACGCUCCGCCUGGGCUCGACCGUGUUCGGCUCCAAGACCAACUGCACGGCCAAGAGCUACGAGCUCUACACCGCCACUGACUGCUCCGGCUCGCCGGUCAACACCGUCUCCAACAAUGAGUGCUCGCGCGUUGCUUCGACCGCCUUCUCGGUCCACGUCUCGUUCGACUCGCAGUGCAGCUCGGCUGCCUCCGUGCAGAGCUGGAUGUCGUACUUCCUCUUCUAA